CUUUUCUUCUUUCUUGUCCCCGCCGCUCGCACUCUUCUCUCUCCCCCCCACAACACUUCCGGCACCGCUCACCAACACGUCGCCGUUUCGGAAGUUCGAGCGAAUAAACUGAGGCAAAAAUGAAGAUGGUAACAGCUUUCAACAUGAAGAAAGCCGCGGCUGGACUUAGACGCAUCAGUCUCGACGGUCUCCGAUGGCGGGUUUUCGAUGCCAAGGGCCAGAUUCUUGGGAGGAUAGCAUCUCAAAUAGCUACUGUGGUUCAAGGAAAAGAUAAGCCAACUUAUGCUCCUAAUCGUGAUGAUGGAGAUAUGUGCAUUGUGCUUAAUGCAAAAGAUGUUUGUGUGACUGGGAGAAAACUUACGGACAAGGUCUACUACUGGCAUACUGGGUAUGUGGGCCACUUGAAGGAAAGGACUCUAAAGGAUCAGAUGGCCAAAGACCCUACAGAAGUCAUUCGCAAAGCUGUUCUGCGCAUGCUGCCUAGAAACAAACUACGUGAUGAUAGGGAUCGAAAAUUAAGGAUCUUUCCUGGCAGUGAGCACCCUUUUGCUGAUCGGCCACUAGAACCUUAUGUGAUGCCUCCUAGAAGCAUACGAGAAAUACGGCCACGAGCAAGACGUGCCAUGAUUAGAGCACAGAAGAAGGCUGAGCUGCAACAACAGAAUACUGAUGGACCAAAGGGCAAAAAGAGAGAAGCACGGGAAGAGUGUGCAUGAAGACUUUAUUUUGCUGAAGGGAGAUGGUGUUGACUGUUGGUUUAUCAUUUGAAUGGAAAGUCAUCCGUAUCUCUUUUGUUAGCAAAUCUUAUAAUGCCAUAUUGAAUUGUGUUCGAAUUUUUUGUUUUACAAGUCUGUUGGUGAGGGCUUAGUUAAGAAACCAUGUUUGAUUCACAGAAUAGCGCUUUCUUGCAUCUUUUUGACAGAGUGCUAAUUCUUGAAGUUCAAGUUAAAAAAUUUAGAUUUUAUUCGUCCAAAAGUAUAUUUGACAUUCAUUUAAUCCUUCGAAGAUU